AGUGUUGCAUUCCUCGCUGGGCGCCGGGCGCAUUCCUCCCGGCGCUGCCCGCCCCGGGGUGGGCGCUGGAGCCCCCUUAAAGCCUCCUGCCCCCAAAGAGCAUUUCCCAGACGUCCGCCAGCUUCCCCUCAGCUCCCUGGGAUCUCGCCGGCGUCCUGCGGCAGAGAUAACCAGGCAUGUCGGACUCCGAAGAGGUUGUCGAAGAAUAUGAGCAGUAAGUGGUGUAGGAGUACGUGGAAGAAGAAGAGGAAGAAUGGAUAGAGGAAGAAGACGGUCAGGAGGAACAGGUAGAGGAAGCAGAGGAGGAGACCGAAGAAACCAAGGCAGAAGAACAAGAAGAUGAAACGCAAGCACCAGGAGAAGGUGGAGAGGGGGACCGAGAGCAGGAGCCUGGGGAAGGUGAAUCGAAGCCAAAGCCCAAAGUCUUCAUGCCAAACCUGGUGCCUCCCAAAAUCCCAGAUGGUGAGCGACUGGAUUUUGAUGACAUCCACCGCAAGCGCAUGGAGAAGGACCUGAAUGAACUGCAGGCCCUCAUUGAAGCCCACUUUGAGAGCAGGAAAAAGGAGGAAGAGGAGCUCAUGUCCCUCAAGGACAGGAUUGAACAGCGGCGAGCGGAGAGGGCAGAGCAGCAGCGGAUUCGCAGUGAGAGGGAGAAGGAGCGCCAAGCCCGCAUGGCCGAAGAAAGAGCUCGCAAAGAGGAAGAGGAGGCACGGAAGAAGGCUGAGGAAGAAGCACGGAAGAAGAAAGCUUUCUCCAACAUGCUGCAUUUUGGAGGCUACAUGCAGAAGUCAGAGAAAAAGGGUGGGAAGAAGCAAACAGAGCGGGAAAAGAAGAAGAAGAUCCUCAGUGAACGGCGGAAGCCCCUGAACAUCGACCACCUCAAUGAAGACAAGCUGAGGGACAAGGCCAAGGAGCUAUGGCAAACCAUUCGUGAUCUGGAGGCUGAGAAAUUUGAUCUGCAGGAAAAGUUCAAGCGGCAGAAAUACGAGAUCAAUGUCCUCCGAAACCGUGUUAGUGACCACCAGAAAGUGUAAGUCCCCAGGCAGGCUGAGCAUCCUUUCUUGAUGCUUCCUGCCCUUCCAGCUCCCUGCUCCUCUGGCCCCAAUUCCCUCCCUGUGUAUCUCCUGGCUCUCUUGCACCCUCGCAGAGCCACCUCCUGUCCUUCCCACUCCUGCCUCUGGUCCCACUGGUACCCGGUGUUCAUGGACCUGCAGGUCUGGCCCAGGGACCUCGGUCC